UUCCCAGCAAUGGCCUUAUUCCUGGAGUUGCUGUUCCUGGCUCUUGUGUUGCUUCCAUUCUUUCCUGCAAAUGGACAGGAUCCAUCCUUUACUGCUUUGCUAGCCACUCAAAAGCAAGUCCAAAAAGAGAUUGUAAAUAAACACAAUGAACUAAGGAAAUCAGUCUCUCCACCUGCCAGCAACAUGCUAAAGAUGGAAUGGAACCAAGAAGCAGCAGCAAAUGCCCAAAAGUGGGCAAACAAGUGCACUUUAGAGCACAGCGUGCCAGAGGACCGAAAAACCAGUACAAAAUGUGGUGAGAAUCUCUUUAUGUCAAGUUACCCUGCUUCCUGGUCAGAUGCAAUCCAAAACUGGUAUGAGGAGCACCAUAAUUUUGUCUAUGGUGUGGGACCUAAGAGUCCUGGUGCAGUUGUUGGACAUUACACCCAGGUUGUUUGGUACUCUUCUUACCACGUUGGAUGUGGAAUUGCCUAUUGCCCCAAUCAAGAAAGUCUAAAAUACUACUAUGUUUGCCAAUAUUGUCCUGCUGGCAAUCUGCUUAGCAAGAUUCAUACCCCUUACCUAAAAGGAGAACCUUGUGCCAGCUGCCUUCAUCACUGUGACGAUGGACUAUGCACCAAUAGUUGUGACUAUGAAGAUGGUUAUUCUAACUGUAAUGCUUUGAAGAAAAAAUAUACCUGUAGCCAUAAUUUUGUCAAGACAAAUUGCAAAUCUUCCUGUGAAUGUGAAGACAAAAUUUUUUAA